GACUGGUGACGAACGGCUAGCUUGGUCACAUGGAAAAUGGCGGCUAUCUGAGUUUGUGAAAGAAUCCACAGAAAACUCGCGGAAAAUGUCAACUUUUAAGUUAUCUUAAGGAACCAGCAAGCCGCCAGAAUUGUCUAUAAUAUUUCUUACACGUUUUUAGAUAUAUUUAAUAUUGGAACACAGCGUAAAAAUGAAGCUAACCGCGGAGUUGAUGCUACAAUGCCCCCAGUUCACCAACGCGGUAAAAGACAGAGAGCUGGACUUACGAGGUUGUAAAAUCUCCGUCAUAGAAAAUAUGGGGGCUACUCUGGACCAGUUUGACACAAUUGACUUCUCAGAUAAUGAUAUCCGUAAAAUUGAAGGCUUUCCUCUCCUAAAGCGUCUCAAGACUAUUUUGCUGAAUAACAAUAGAGUGUGCCGUGUUGCAGAAGGCCUUGGCGAAUGUCUACCCAAUCUGGAGUCCAUUAUAUUAACAAACAAUGCAAUGCAAGAGCUGAAAGAUCUAGAACCCCUGGAAUCGGUCAAAAGUCUUAGAUAUCUAAGCCUACUUCGUAAUCCAGUCACAAACAAGCCCCACUACAGACUAUUUGUUAUCAAUAGUCUUCCUCAGCUCAGAGUGUUAGACUUUCAGAGAAUUAAGAUGAGGGAAAGAGAUGCAGCUAAAAGGAUGUUUUCUGGAAAAAAGGCUCCUCCUUCUUCCAAACCCAAAACGUUUACCCCUGGAGAAAACCCACCAGCAAAGAGGGUUGAGCAGAAACCACCUCCGCCCCCAAGCCGUGAUGUGGCAGCCAUCAAGGCCGCCAUUGCAAAUGCCAAAUCCCUGGAUGAGGUACAAGGAUUGGAGAGAUUGCUGAAGGCUGGACAAGUCCCUGGUGUUGUGCCAACACAACAGAGCCAUGACGAAGAGGAGAUGGAAGUCACGAAUGGGACUUAACACUACAAUCUCUAUAUGAUCUGUAACAAAGGAAAGAAACAAAAGAAACCUGAUUUGUAAACAAGGAAGCUGUCUAGCUGCAAGAUUUUUUGUCUUUAUUUUUAAGACAUGCAAAAAGAACUUCUAUUGUGCUGUAAGCUUUUAUGACUGUAAGAAGAGCAUGGCCUUACAUUACGAUAUGAACCUGAUGUUCAACUAAAAAGUAAAUGUAGUAACCAUGUGGAGAAACCAGCAAAUCUCGUACCCUGUGGCAGCUUUACUCCUAGGAUUACUACCCAACCAGCCACAUUUACAUCCAAAAACCCUCUCCAUUCAGCCCAUGUCAUGUGUGCAUUGUACAGCAUUUGCGUAUUCCUUUUUUUUUAAUCUGUUCUUUUUUCCUGUUGUAAUCCACACCAAAAAUAACUAUGAUUUAAACAGCGAUUUAGAUCAAACUACAUUUAAUGAGUGCUAAUGGUGUUCAUCAGUUUUUAUAUUGGUUAUUUUUGUGUGCAAGGACAGCCGUUGUGCCCUUGCUAUUUACAUUGCAAGAAUAGUACCCCAUGUAUGUACCUUACAUAUACACUACCUGUGAUACCUUAUCUACAGUCUGUGAUAACUUAUCUACAGUCUGUGAUACCUUAUCUACAGUCUGUGAUACCUUAUCUACAGUCUGUGAUAACUUAUCUACAGUCUGUGAUAACUUAUCUACAGUCUGUGAGAAGCAAGUGAAAGAGAUAAUAAAAAAGGAACUUGCAUA